ACUUAUUGCCAAGCCUGAGGUCACCUCACUUAUCUCCUAUACUAUCAUCUAGAGAUUUUAUAGUUCCAUAUUUUACAGGUAGGUCUAUGAUCCAUUUUGAGUUAAUUUUUGGAAAAGUGUGAGAUCUGUCUCUAGAUUUUUGCAUGUGAAUGUUCAGUUAUUCCAGCAUUAGUUGUUGAAAAUACUAUCCUUUCUUAAUUGAAUUGCCUUUUCCUCUUUGUCAUGUAUCAGUUGACUAUACUCGUAAAGGUCUAUUUCUGGGCUCUUUAUUCUACUGCAUUUAUCUAUAUUCAUCUAUUCUUUCACUAACAUCACACUGUCUUGAUUACUGUAGCUUUAUAGUAACUCCUGAAGUCAACAGUGUUAGUCAUUGUUCUUUCACAUCGUUUUGGCUGUUCUAGGGUCUUUUUCCUUUUGAUAUAAACUUUAGAAUAAAUUUGUCAGUAUUCUCAAAGUAACUUGCUAGGUUUUGAUGAGGAUUGUGUUGAAUUUAUAAAUCGAGCUGGGAAGAAGAGAUCUUAAUAUGAGUCUUCAUAUCCAUGUAUAUAGAUAUCUCUACAUUUAUUUGGGUCUUUUUUUCUUUUGGUAUUUAAAAUUAUUAUUUUAAUUUAUUUAAAAAUUAUCAGAUUAUUAUAAGUCAAAAGGGGUUAUAGGAGAUAAAAAAGUAUUAUAUAUUGAUAAAAGUUUCAAUUAAUCAAGAAUAUGUAACAAUUAUAAACAUAUACACAUCUAAUAACAUAGCCCCAAAAUAUAUGAAGCAAGCAAAUGGACAUUUUAAAAGAUUGUUAUCAUACAAAAUAUCUUUUCUGAUCAUAAUGGAAUGAAAUAGAACUCAAUAACAGUCUAGGAGGGAAAUGGAUAGCUGUAAAUGUAUAUAUUAACAGAGAAGAAAAAUCUCAAUUUAGUCACCUAACUAUAUACACUAAAUAACCAAAAAAAAAGAGAGCAACUAAACCCAAAGGUAACAGAAGGAAAUAAUAAAAGACUAGACAGGAGAUAAAUAAAGAAUAGAAAAGCAAAAGAGAAAGCCAAAAUUUAGUUCUUUAAAAAGAUCAACAAAAUGUGUAUGAAUAGAGUUGUUCAUAAUAUUCCUUUGUUAUCCUUUUAAUGUCUGUGGGAUCAGUAGUGAUGGCCUCUCACUUCUGUUAGUAAUUUGUACCAUUUUUUUUUUUUCAGUUAGCAUAGGUAAAGGUUUACUGCUUUUACUUUUCAAAGAACCAGCUUUUGGUUUCCUUGAUUUUCUCUAAAAUUUCUUGUUUUCAAUUUUAUUGAUUAGUAAUCUAAUUUUUAUUAUUUCUGUGUACUUUGGAUUUAAUUUGUUCUUCCUUUCUAGUUUACUAAGGUAGGUUAGAUCAUAGACUUUUAGAUCUUUCUAAUAUAUGCAUUCAAAGCUAUAAAUUUCCCUCUAGCACUGCUUUUGCUGCAUCUCACAAAUUUUGAUAAAUCAUAUUUUCACUAUCAUUUGGUACAAAAUUUGUUUUAAUUCUUCUUGGGACUUCUUUGACCUGUGUGCUAUUUGGAAGUGUGUUGUUUAAUCUUCUACUAUUUGGAGAUUUUCUGACGGUCUUUCUAUUAUUUUUGUAUUCAAUUCUAUUGUGGUUUGAGACCACACUCUGUAUGAUGUCUAUUCUUUUAAAUUUGUUAACAUGUGUUUUAUACCCCAGACUGUGGUAUGUCUUAGUGAAUGUUCUAUGUGAGCUUGAGAAAAGUAUUGAUAGUAAUGUUCAAAUAUAUCCCUAUUGAUUUUCUGCCUGCUGGGGUCAGUCCAUUUCUGAUAGGAGGUUGUUGGAGUCUAAAACUAUAAUAAUGGACUGGUUUAUUUCUCCACCACAGGCAAUUCUAUUGUUAGGUUCAUCCACAUUAGAGAUUAUGUGUUCUUGGGGAACUGACUCCUUUUUCAUCAUUCAGUGCCCCUUUUUAUGCCCGAUGAUUUCCUUUGCCCUGCUCUGCAGCUGGAAGGAAGCCUUGCCCAGCGUGAAGUCCACCUCUGAAGGCGGCACUUCAUCUCUUCGUGAAGGAGUGGAGAGUCCCGGUUUGUGCAACGUUGUUUUAGAUGGCCUGCUGCUAUCUACAGAGGAACAGCCAGGGAUGAGUCAUGAAACGUCAAGUAUUAAUGUCGGAAGUGUGGGUCUGACCUGUGUCCACAUUCACCCCAAGAGUGGCUUGUCACCUUAGUUUUUGUCUAAUAGAACAGGAUGAAACUGUUGGCAUUUUCCUCUAAGCCCUUCACGUUUAGCAGUGGCCGCCUACAGUCUGGCUACACGCUAAGACAUUUUUGCCCUUGGUGAGCAACUUGCAAAUGAAUUUUUUCCUUGUACAGUCUCUUUGAUGCUUCAGGGCCUCCCGCAGCUCCACCAAACUCCGCUGCCCGGCGCCUGGGGCUGGGGCUGGAGGCGGCAGCGCCAGGACGUCCUGGCGCGAGCCAGGAGCCACCGCCCCACCCGGGGCCCCGCGCGCGCCCACCGCGGCCGUUAGGGAUCCUGAUCCGUUACCGGCCGCCAUCUAGAAAGCCAGCCACCAUGUCCUUCCGUCAGAAACCACUCACGUAUUGCAGAAUGGUUGGAUCAUAUUUGGGGAUUGCUCAAUUAUGUCUAUGCAAAGGACCGACGGAUCUUGGUGAAUACCAGUGGACUGUGAUCAACUUAAUCAGCGGGUCGCUACAGUUUGGCUGCUGUUCCGGAUGCCUUGUCAUGGUUGGAGCCAAUCAACACAUUCUUUCGUGCCUGGUAUAGAUAGCUAAGUUGGAAGUACUUUACCUCCUGAGUUUGUUUAUAUACAUAAAUAUGAUGUGUAUCUGUAAAGAAUUCAAAACAUACAGUCAGAAGAAAGUAAAGGUAGCCUGAAAGCUGUACCCUGGAUUAACCACUAAUAUUUGGGGAGCCCAGUGGGCAAGGGAGCCAGAGGGUGUCACUGGUAUGUAGCCCCUCGCUCUCCCUGUGUUUUCAGCACAGCCUUGCUGCCAGCAGGGAAGCCUGGGGCCCCAAAGACCGGAGCUUCUUUGAAUCGAUAUUUCCAGAGAGGAAACCUUCAGUUCACUGCUAGUGGGGAGCAGACAGGGGCUGCCAACUAUUCUGUAUUCAGAUUUCCAGUCACUCCUGAUUUCUCGCCCACCUGUUCCACCACAGGGUCCUGAUGCCUUUUGAGGGGCCUGUGGCAGGAAUGAGCUGACUUACACUUUGCCACAGCUGGCUUAGGUUUUGGCUUUCUUGUGCUUGCUAAAAAUUUGCUACUCACACAUCUGCAUUCUUGCUUUCAAAAUUUUGCUAUUUUCCCUUUGCCACUUGUAUUUGUCUUUGUGGUUUGACUUUAAUUAUUCUCUUUAUUAUCAUUCUAAUGGCGUUAUGGGAGGGAGUAGAGGGAAAUGUCCUUGUUCAUUUUUUUAUGAUUAGUGGGAAGUAUCAUAAAAUUCUUGCAUUUUUAUGCAUUAAGUUUUAUCUAGUGUCCUGGAACUUUUAGACAAAGUAACUAGUGUGUGUGUGUGUGUGUGUUAGAAUAAGACAGCAUCAGCACUAGAUUCAGAUAGUUGCUUUAAUUUUAUGCUACUUAAUCAUGAUUAAUAUCCCUUAUUUUCCCCUUGUAUUUUAUAGAUAGCUUAAGUUCUAAAAUCUAUUCUUUCACAUACUGACAUUAAAUCUGUGUCAAAGUUUAGUCCUUUUCAGGAAAAAAAAUAGAAUCUGCUAUGCCUGGAAUUAAAAAUUUUUCAAACUAUAAGUAGGACCUCUUCUUUUUUGGUAAACAUGCUAUUGUCCCACUUAUAUACAGUAAGAAAAACUUUAGAAACAAAAAAAAUUGUAAAGAAAAUAAAAUUUAUCAAAGCUAUUAUAAAAAAUAAACCUAUGAUCAUUUCCAUUUUUAGUCCCCACUUCCUUUUGACUUAAAAGCACUCACACAUAAGUCAAUUUAUGCCUAUAUUCCAAGCAAGUAGGACAAAUAAAUGCAAGUGCCAAUUUCAUUCCAAUAGUUGUUUGUUUUUCACAUUCUCUUGGGUGCAAGUGAUAGAAACUCAUCUUUAACUAACUGGAAUUGAAAAGGUAAUUUGAAAACCUGGGAAUUCCAAGGGUUUAUUUAGCUCUAGUUAUAGCUGGAUCAAGGGGAAGUGUCACAUGACAUUGUCAGGAUUUGAUUGCUGCCAGCCGCAGGGACACACUCCUCUUCCCAUCUUUGCUUCCAUGACCCUGGUCCAGGCCACCAUGACCCCUCACCGGGAUUACAGCAGUGUUUCCUGGAGUCUGCCUACUGCUGCUCUUGUUCCCCGAAACACUUUAUCUCGCACAGGGAGUAGGCUUAUGUCAAUUCUCUGUGAAACUCCAAUGCCUCCCCAUUCCUGCAGAUUAACAGUCUUUACAGAUGCUCAUCUCUGGGAAGGGGGGAGGGCAGCGGGCUCGGGGUGGAAGGAGGCCAGACCCCCUGCAGACCCAGAGCCGCGCCAGCCUCACUUGCCCAGGGCCUGGGGUCAGGGGCCUGAGGUUGAGGCAGGCCAGGGCUGGCGGUGUGCUUGCAGGGGAAGAAGCGGAGGGGCGACAGAGUGGAAGCGGGCCUGGGACGGGCCUGCCGGGGGCCUCCACCGCCCAGCCGCAGCGGGGGUCAGACCCGGCGCCCCCCCGCCCGGGAGCCCCUCCCCACUGUCCCAGGGGCGCAGGGAGGAAGGGUGGCCGCGGGCCCUCUGCGCCAGCAGCGCGCCCUGCCUCUCGGGGAGCCUCGCCGGCCUCUGCAGCGGCCCCGUCUGCGCUCACCGGCCCGCGUUUGUGUCUCUUACAGGCCAUCCCUCCCCGCCAGGCGGAAGAGCCCGGGACGCGCCGGGAGCGACGGCGCCGGGAAGGCCCGCGGGCUGCGCGGGGCCCGGUCGGCAAGAGCGGCGGCCCGUCCUCAGCUCCCGGCAGGGCGGCUCGGAGACGGCGCCCCUGACGGCCGCGGAGGCGCGGCGAGUCGGCGGAGCCUCACCUGCAUCCCGCCUGCGGAGCGGUGAGCGCGGCCUGGCCGCAGACACCGCCCACCCGCUACCCACUGCCCGCCGCCCACCACGUGCGGCGCGGUGGCUUCCCGGGUCUUUGCUUUCAGGUUCAUUCGGGAUCCUUGCUGCAAACCUCGGACAAAGUUCUUCUCGUAUAUCUGACCUUGAACUUCCUGAAGAAGCUCGCAGCGACCCCUGCUGGCCGUGCCCGAGCCAUAGGGAGAGGCUGGGGUCCCACCUUAGGGGAAAACGUCUGGGUCUGGCACCUGACGGGGCAUGGGCCGAGCUCCCUUAGGACGCCCCCGGGUCUCCACCCCGCUGCUGAUAUCGUGGGCACAUGGAGGCCACAGGGCCACACUGGGGUCUGUGCUGGGCCCCGGGCAAGCUGGCAGGUACUCUCCACGGGGCGCACCCAGAGGUUGGAUUCCUGGAGCUGGCUGGCUGGGGAGACUGUGGCAGAAGCAGAGGCCGUGGGGCCCCCAGACCCUAGCGGGGUUAGGCUGUCUUUGCUGUUCUCCACAGAGGCCUGGCCAAGGCUGGCCCUGUCCCCAAGUGGGGAAUUCCUGCUCUGAUUUGCGCUGGUGGACAGGUCACUGUUGGCAGGGGGACAGGGGUAGUCUUCGCCUGCAGGUUAAGAGGCUGGCACGCACGUUGCCUGUGCUGUGGCCCUUCUCCCUGCCCCAUCCUCCUCAGGAUGCCUGUGCCACUCCUCCGAGCAUUAGAGUGGCAGUUGAGGAAGGUAAUGGCAGGUGGCUGAAACAGCUGCUUUCAGUUGGUAGGGACCCUAAACUGUACGUUGUGGGGUGGGAAAGAAUGCUCCUGGUGGUAAGGUACGCUGAGGGCUGAAGGUCAGGCUGAGGGGCCCUCCUGCUGGGACCUCUCAUAACCCAGGAGCAGAUAUGGGCCAUUACCUCAUGGUAUUUCUGACCUGUCAGUGAGUCCUGGAUCCCUCUUUCCAUGUGUAAAACUCAUGGACACCAGGAAUUCAGUCUGCAGGGGUUUCUGCAGUCAGAGAGUGGCUCCACAUAGGGCUUUAGUUCCUUACGUUCAUGACCCACAAUAAUUCAUGGAGCCUUCACAAUUUCCUCUUAAUUCUCACUGAUAAUCAGAAAUUUCUUAAACAGAUUUUCACAUUCAUGAACAUGUAGAAGGGAUAAUACAUUCCGCUCUAUAUCCCUCCAAUAGCCCCCCGAAGUUCGUCCAUCAUAAGGCAGGAACCUGGAAACCAGUGUGUAUGGAACCACUUCCAUGUUCCAUACAUCCACCAGGUUGUACUUUGACCUUGGAAGAGUUUGGGGUCAGCAUAAGAGUGAUGGCCACAGAAAGUAUCCAGCUUGUUGCAAAAGGUGAAUUUGUUGCUAAACUCAAAGUCUGAUGUUCCUGUUAGUGUCCAAGAGCAGGUUUUCUGCCUUUCAGUCUCUGGGCAGUGUACUUCUGGUUGCAGCACAGAACACACUGGUGGAAUUUGCCUUCAGCCUCUUCUCUUUCUUGUUGCCAUGAGCCACUCAAACACCUCCCUUCCACUAGCGUCCUUCCUAACUAGGCAGAGCAUUCCCUCAAUUUUCAUCACUUCAAAUAUUUCAGUAUGUUGGAAGGAUCCAGCCUUUAUGACCCUGCUUUGCAGGAAAGUCUCUGGAGGAUUCUGUUGAGUCUCCUCAAUGAUCUUUACAGCUGUCGCUUCCCCAGUCGGGAUGUGCUGGGCCAGUGUCACUGCAGCUGGCUUACCCUUGCCAGUGUUCUUGAGGAGACUGUCGUCACUGUGAGUCUCCUCAGCAGAGAUGGCUGAGAGGCCCUGUAGCGGGUUGGACUCAUUGCUGCGCUUGGAGUCAGUGUCCUUAGACCAGCUUACAUUUGGGAAAAGCUGGUGAGAAGCUUGGUCCAAAUAAUCUCAGAAGAAAAUCAGUUCAAAGUUAAUCUUGAUGAACUGAUGCUUAUAACAGAAUCAAAACACAAUGCCAGACAAAAAGGAAAACUAAACUGAAGAAAUACUGACAAAGAGAAAAAAAUGAAUAAAAAGGGAAAUGAUAAAAGUAAAAAAGAAAAGAACAAAAAGUAGAAAUGAGAAAAAGAAAAUAGAGGAAAAAAUCCCCAACAACAAAACAGACCAAAUGCCGAGGAGGAAAAAGCUAAAUUUAGUCAAAGUUUUGCAGGUCACUGAAAGCAGCUUCCUGAGCCAGAAGAACUGAUAACUUAGGCCCAGCCAGAGACUUGUAUGGUUCUUGAAAUUCCAAAAUAAUAUCUCCUUCUGAGGUCAUAGGAAGAAAUGGACCUGUCUACAAGGUUAGGGAUAAUCCACAAUGAUUUUCUCACUUUCUGGUCUCAGGUGAGACCCUUUUACUCUUUAAAAAAAAUUAAGAGCUUUUUAUGUGGGUUACAGCAGUCAAUAUUCACUUUAUUAGAAGUUAAAACCUGUAGGAUGCUUCAGUGCCUUCUCAUUUCUAGUAUGAAAAGCUGUAAUAAUGUUUAGCUUUUAAAGAGCUCAUAAUGUCCACACUUAAAGAUACUCAAUCCUUUAAAUGAAUGGUCUCAAAACGAUGCCCCAACGUAACUGGCAUUAUGGUCUUGUGUGAAAAUGUUUCGGGCAUAAGACACAAUAAGGUACAUCAACAGCUGUAACACUGAGGGGAAGAUAAUCUGCAUCAUAUUUUCAUUUACGCAGUUUCGCCCUGUUGUUAGGAGUAGAGGACUCACACCGCCAGUUUCAGUAUCUCUAAGCGUAAAGGUUGCAACUCUUAGGCAACAAUCCAUUGUGCUCUGUGUCCCUCCUGUUCAGCAUGGGGCUGGAGGAGGGGGUGGGCGGGUGUUGGACAUGUCACUAGUACCCCAGAAGAGGGAACCAAGAUGCCUUUACAUGAUUUUUUAAAAACAUGAGGUAUACUACAGAUACAGGAAAGUGCACAAAUCAUUAGUGUGCUGCUUGGUGGCUGCCCACAAUUGAGCUUGUAUACUUACUCAGCCACAGAUCAAGAAACAGGUCUAAGCAGCUCCCCGGGGCCCUCCCACUCCUCCUUUCCAGUCACUUUGUCCACAGGGUAACCUCUGCGCUGCCUUCUAACAGCACGAAUGUUUUGCUUGCUUUUGAACUUUACAGAAGUCGAAUCACGCUUCUCUUGCUUACUGUUUUUGUGAGAUUCAUCUGUACUGUUUACUUUGCUAUUCUAUAUGCUGACAGUAGCCCACUGUUUAUCUGUUUUGCUCAGGCUUUGGAUGUUAAGAAUAGUAUUGCUUUGAACUUGCUUGUUCCAGUCUUUGCUGGGCAUUUACAUGGUUUUCUGUUGGAUAUAAACCUAGAAAUGGAAUUUCUGGCUUAAAAGGUACACGUAUUUUUGGUUUUAGUAGAUACUGUUUGUACCAAUUUACACACCAAAUGGCAGUGUAUGAGAGUUCUGUUUCCCCUCUGACACCUAGUAUUCCCUGCCUUUUAAUCUCAGCCUUUCCGUGGGUGUGGGUGUGUGGUACUGUAGCACUGUGGUUUUCAUUGGCAUUUCCUUGAUGCCUAAUGAAGUAGAACACCUUUAAUAUGCUUAUCGGCCAUUUCCUUUUCUGUGAAGUACCUGUUCAGGUCUUUUGCCUAUUUUUCUAUUGGGUUGCCUGCAUUUUUCUUACUGGCUUGUGGGUAUUAUAUAGUAUGAAUUUUCUGCUGGAUAUGGCUCUGUAUACAUUUCCUCUCCUUCCCAUCCAUCUCUGUUAACUCUCUGAUGCCACCUCCUACCAUUUUACCCAUUGAUCAUCCCUGUCCUGUCAUUGGCUUCCUAUUCUUUGAAUAUGACAUGCCAGGCACACUCCCACCUCAGGGCUCUACACUAAUUUCAUUUCUGCCUGGAAUGUUCUUUCCCAGACAUACACAUAGAUCUCUUCCCCAUCUCCUUCAAGUCUUUGCUCCAUGGUCACAUCAGGAAGUGAAGCCUUCCCUGAUCUACCUGUUUAUUGUUCCUGCAACACCCCUUAGAUGGACAUCCUAUCUGACAUCCCUAUCCAUAGCUUAACGAAAACCUUCAUGCUAAUAAAAUUUUCAAAUACACAUUAGAAAAAAAAUAGUAUAAAUCCUUUUCCUCAUGUAUCUGUCAUCCAGCAUCAAUAAUUAGCAAUAUUUUUGCCAUCCUAUCCAUAAAUACUUCAGUCGGCAUUGCUAAUAAGGUUUUUUUGGAAAAACAGUCAACAUGCCAUCACUGAAUCUAACAAAACUAACAGUAUCAUAUAAUACUAGUCCACGUUCAAACUUCCCAGUUGCCUCAAAGAUGUCGUUAUAGUUGACAUGUUUGAAUAAAGGUCCAAAGAAGGUACAUACAUUGCUUUGUAUUUUUCCCAUAGCAAUAUCAACAUCCAAAAUACUAUAUAUUUUACAUAUUUAAUUGUUUAUUGUCUGUCUCUGCCAUUAAUAUCAAGUCCAUGCAAGUGGGAGUUUUGUCCCUUUGUCCUGGAGGAAAGAGGGGCACCUAGGGUUUCCCCAGAAUCUCUCACAACGCCAGAGCCAGGCCUUAGCCAUUCACCUAGAAUGGCUACUGGCACAUAGUAGGCUUGAAUAAAUGUUUGUAAAAUGAAUGGAUGAAUGAAGACCAUCUAAUGGCCCAAAGGGUAUGCUCUAUCAACAUGGUCAAAUCUGUUACUUUCAUGCUCUAAAACUUUAGGCAACUUUCUGAGCUUCACUUUUCUCAUCUGUAAAAUGGGACUAAGAACUCUCAUACACUGCCAAUGGGUGUUGCCAGCACGGUUGUUUUGAGUAUUAGACAAAGUGCAUGUACAGUGCCUGGCACCUAGUAUACUCACCAUAUAGCUAUUCUUAUUUUUCAUUGUAACUGUUUUUACAAGGCAUCAGCAGAUUAAAAGUGUAUAGUAAAGAACUUGGCCUUGUUCACAGAGGUCUGGCCUUUGUCUCUGGUUCCUGGGAGGUAAUCUUUAAACCCUUUGAAUUUUUCAGGUGACAGGAGUGUCUUUGUUAUUCAUGAGGGCCCCUAGGCCCACACCUAAUAGUUUAUAAUAACGAGGUGACUUAUGGUAAGCUGGUUAGGCCAGGUGACAGCCUGACCUCCAGGAAGCGGGGUGGGGCUGGAGACUUAAGUUCAGCCCCAUGGACAAUAAUUCAGUCAUUCAUACUUACAUACUGAAGCCCUAUUAAAAAAAACUCAAUGCACUGAAGCUUGAAUGAGCUUCCCUGGUUGACCACACUCCAUGCAUAUUGUCAUACACUGAUAUCAAUACCGGGAGGGUAAUCCAUUCUGAGGACAGUGGAAGCUUUGCAUUUGCAACCCUCUAAGACUCUGCCCCAUGUGUCUCUUCUUUUGGCUAAUUUUUAUCUGUAUCCUUUCCCUGAAAUAAAUUGUA